AUGGCGAGCUACGAGGUAGUGGAGCAAAACGACCCAGAAAUCACACCUGCUGCGACGUCCCCCAGGUCGAAUCCGGCGUCGAGUGCAUCACCUAAGACCUCCGUCGCGUCCAGCGCUCACGGCAGAGGCUCUGGCGACGAUGCUGGCGAUGAUGCAUGUGCGAACUCCACCUUCCUAGCUUUGAAAACCUUUGCCUCGCCAUCCUUUCAUGGCCCCGUUCUCGAUCCAACGGCAUCAUCGACCUCCACUAUACAGUCAUACAGCCAUCACGAGCAGCGGUGGAGGUUGUGGAGGAAAAGCAUUGGGGAAUGGCUGUUGACGGCUACUCUCUGCGGAUCUAUCGCAGGAGUGCUCCACUCUUACUCUGUGCACGAGACUUUAACCAACCCCCAAAGGCGAACGUUCAACGCUAUCAUCACAGGUCUUUCAGUCGGCCUGGGUUUAAACCUGAUUGCUUCCCUGAAAAGCUACGCCAAAAUGAUGAGGUGGAGACUCCUCGCCUCGAGUUAUCGUCCCCUGGACCAGUUUGACCUCAUCAUGGGCUGCCAUCAGCAUAUCAAUGUACUUCAACUUUUCCUCAAAGCACGGAGGCCAAAGUUCCCCUUCAUACUUACCUUUACCCAGCUGAUGUGUCUGGUGUGGCUUGCAAUAUGUGUGGGCGCCACCCUUCUGGUCGCUGUGCUCGGGUUGACAUACUCUUUGGAACAGUCCAAUGACUACCUAGGCGUCACCACUGGAAACAUCAGCGUGGUUGAGCUGUCGUACAUUGGAAAUUCGAAUACGUCCGUGUCUACGUACUAUUCAGAGCUUGGUGCUGCAUACGCAUACGGCAUCCAGGGACAAGACUACUGGGUCGAACCAGUAAUAGGGGAUAUGGGUUUGGGCUUCGGUCGGAGCAUUGAGGCUGACCCAGCCUACCCAGGAUAUUCAGAGUAUUGGUUUGGCGACCAAAAUUCCCGCAAUCGGGAUGAAAACGGCAUGAGUGAUCGCUACGUAAAUUCUACAGCAGCCUGCAAUGCUUACCCUGUGAUCAACGACUAUAAAACGGAAGGCAAUGUCGUCUACCUGGAAGGAGGACAAAACCAAACCGCCUUUGUCUACGAAUACGUUCCCGGCGGAAUGACAUACAUCUCACAGACCAAUUCCACCUGUGGAGAUCGCUGCACGAACAUCAAUGCAUUCCAGCCGAUGCUCAUCGCUAAUAAUCAAGCUGACAGUAUUGGCGUCGCGCAAUUUUUCAAGUGCUACAAUAUUAUCAGCGAGGUUCAUAACGUGCCUUUAGAGCAUGCGGAGGUGUAUGGGCUGCCAGACCUUCAGGCUCGGAUGCUUGCUGGGACGGUCGGGUGGCAAUCUGGGGAAUUCAUCAACGACACGCGGCAAUAUAGCCUGUUUUUCCCUAAUACCCCACAAGCGCCCAAGGAGGCGGCGAGUGAGGACUACGUCGCGUUACUCAUAUCUCAUUUUUCGACCAAGGCCAUCGCCGCCAUGGACCACCGCGGCCCUCGCCGCAGCGUCUCCAGCUCAUCCGUCCCAACUUUCGCGGUCUAUCUUAAGGUCACGUGGAAAUACACCGUCCCUUUACUCUCCAUCAUCCCCGGAAUGCACUUCUUGACCCUGGCCGCCGUCAUCAUCUGGGCCAACAAAGCCAUCAUCAAAGACGAAGCCUACAUCUCCAUCGCCAAACUAUACCGAUCGUUGGUUGAAGAGCUUGGCCCACACGGAUGCCUGAUGAGGGGAGAACAGAUCAUCGAUCGACUCGGCAACCCCAUGGUGGGUUACGGCUUUCAGGAACUCCAUGAUAGCGGUGUUGGUAGCAGCGGCGGUAUGAAACAUGUCGACAUCUUUCGCAAGGAGGAUAACGUUGCCGUCCAGCGGAGCUUCAGUGAGGGACACCAUGAUGGAAGAGGUUGGGAUAGUAAACCACGACGAGAAGUUCUCAAAGUUAAGCUGGAUUGA